AUGCAUGAGGACCCAAUUGAAGAUGAGGAAGAGGACGGCUCAGAUAUUGAUCCGUCGCAAGAGGAGCACCUGGCGCAUCAUCGGAUGCUGGACGAUUUCCUGUCACCCGUCGCUCUUGAUGAAGCGGUUCUUUAUAAACUUGCGCGACGCUUUUCCAGCGUUUAUCGCCAUCUGGCCUUGACUUCGGAGCAGCAAUUUUUACCCACUCCAGUGACCAGACUGCCCACCGGUCAUGAAACAGGUCGUUAUCUUGCAAUUGAUGUUGGCGGGAGUAAUCUGCGUGUUGCAUUUAUCGAGUUGUUGGGAGAGGCUGCUGACUCUGAUACUCAGCCCAUGGAUACCAUUAGCAAGGCGCAAAGACAACGUGUGAAACGAACGCUGGAAAAGGCAUGGCCAAUACAAGAGCACCUGAAGAUGGAUAAAGCGGAGGAUCUUUUUGCUUGGAUUGGCGACUGCAUCGCAGAAGUAGUCGCUGAAAGCCUGACUUCAGACGCCACGAGAGGCGAAAUUCCUGAAGAGUUGGACAUGGGAAUCACUUUCAGUUUUCCUAUCAUGCAAGAGUCUCUCGCGGAGGCCACACUGAUGCCUAUGGGCAAAGGCUUCGCUAUCACUUCUGACCUCAAUCUACGUAAGAUUCUUCUCUGCGGUUAUGAGAAGCAUACAAGGCGCCCAGACGAAGAAGAGCCGUCGUCUAAGCGUCGAAAGCUCUUUGCAUUGCCAAAGCUCAAGAUCGCCGCGAUUACCAACGAUGCUGUGGCCACGCUUGCAUCCUUAGCAUAUGCUGUGAAGUCUCUACCUAAUAGCCGGGUUGCAAUGGGUAUCAUUGUGGGUACUGGGUGUAAUGCUACAAUUCCAAUGAAGCUUAGCGCUUUGCAUGGUUCAAAAGCGAAGCAUGUGAGCUCGAAAACCCCAGAUGCAGAAGAGACGAUUGUAAACACCGAAUGGACCAUUGGUGGCGCAGCACCACCGCUGAAGGAGUUAGAUAUCAUCACCAAAUGGGACACCCAGCUAGACAUUGCAUGCGCUCGUCCUGGUUUCCAGCCAUUCGAGUACAUGACUGGUGGCCGAUACAUUGGUGAACUCAUCCGGCUGAUUCUUUUCGAUUACCUUAGCAAUAUCGUUGGGUUGUCCAAAAAGGAAAUGCCUGCUACUCUCAUUCAAGAGUAUGCCCUAACGACUGCCUUCAUUUCAGAGAAGGUAGCCCGUGCACGAUCAGACCAGGAACUUGCAGAUGAACUUAGUCACUCUUUGCCUCCGCCUGAGAGCAGCGAAUGGCACUGGGAUGCCAACUCUGCAGGGGCCUUUCGAAAGAUCGCUAGGACCGUCCAACGACGGUCUGCUGGUCUGAUUGCUGCGGCGGUUGUCGGACUUCUUGCUUGUGCGCGAGAGAUUGAAUUGAAAGUGGACAGCAACGAAAACUCCCCAGAGAAUUCAAAUGCUGCCUCGCCAGCAUACAAUGGGAACUUAAACUCACUAGCACCACCGCCGGAUGCUUUAAACCCGGGCAAUUCAACAGGCGGCCAGGGGCCGAUCGUCCCUGUCCUCUCCCCUACACCUGUUCCGGCGGACUGGCAAUCAGGGCCUGAAGAAUUGGUCGUCGCCUACACUGGCGGAAUUAUACAAAACUACCCCAACUUCAAGGAGAUGUGCCAGCAGUACAUUGACCGUCUCAUAAUGAGAACUGGUCCGCAAAAGAGCGGAAAAUCAGUCUUCUUGCGGGAAGCAUCAGAUGGUGGAGUAAUCGGUGCCGGUGUCCUAGCCGGCAUGGUGGCAGAGAAUUAA